UGAUGGCGGAGCGGUAUAGUGAGCAAAAGACGCUCAGACACAAGCAUUUCAAACAACAUUACAAAAAACCAGAAGAUUGGGACACAGUUCUCAAAUUCCCCCCUGACUACUUGAAUACCGAGACUUGGAAACCAGUUUGCGAAUUGUUCGUUAGCGAGGCUUUUUUGAAUCGUUCAACUAAAAAUAAAUCGAAUCGGCAACUAAUGAAAUAUCCAACAACGCAAGGCACAAAAUCGUUGGCGUCCAUACGCCACGGAAUGGGGGGUCCUCCUGGAGAGCAUGUAGUUGAAGCAUGGAAGGAGAUCCAUGUGAAAAAACCGUCUGGAACUUUCGUUAAUGAAUUAGCUGCAAAAGAUUAUGAGGAACUGAUCAAGGAGCUUGAUAGGAAGCGACUGGAACGACAAUCCCAGAGCGAUACUGGGACUGAAUCUGAAUCUGAUACUGGUUAUCAGUUUGACGUUAUGGAAACAGUUCUAGGCCAAAGAUCUGACUAUCAAAGAGGCGUGGGUAAAAGGCUCAAGGGCAAAGGAAAGAAACCAAUCCCUCAAACUCAAUCAACGGUGCCUCCCCAACCAACUACUGAAAUGAUGAGCACUGUGGCAGAUAUAUUCUCAGCUAUGCGUGCCACUUGGGGGGGUAAUUUGACGCCUGAACAACGUGCCCAAAUAUUUAACCCACGCUUUGACAAUUUCAUUCAAACGUAUAGUCAGUCGCAGUCGCCUGGUGGUUCGUCUUCUCAGAGUCAUGCCGCUCCUCCGGAACAGCAACAACAACCUCCUUCGCAACCACAAUUUCAGCCUUCCUCGCAACAACAAUUCCAAAAUUUGUCACAGCAGCAAUUUGAAAAUUUUUUGCAGCAGCAACCCCAAUCUUUUCCUCAGCAGUUUCCUCAGCAGCAACAACAGUCUGCUCCGCCAAUGGGAAAUCAGUUCUUAUACCGAACACCGUCAGAGUCUCCUCCGCUCGGCUCAAACUUUGCUGAUUUUGGAUUAUUUGGGAGUUCAUCGCAGGAGAACCAAUUUUUUUCAACUCCCAUUUUCAACCAAGUGAGCUCGGUAAUUUGA